GUUAUCGCUCGUUCACAUGGUGGAUAUUUUGUUGUUUACAAUUUUUAAAACGAGUUUAAAGCAAUGUCCUUGCAGAACAACAAAAGCAACGAAAUCGUACAACGGAUUGUUAGCUUAGGCGUGACUGAAAAUGCGGAGGAAAUCACAGGCUUGCUCAAGAGCCUGCGCCUUCUGCUCACCAAAAGCAGCGCCGCCCAAGAGGCUGUGGCAGAGAAUGCUGAGUUUUCUAGUUUUAUAGAAUCGAUGGCGUUGAAUCCCCAGAUGCGCACCGAGCAGAGUACAAUCCACACACUUACGCUGCAGGUGCUGGCCAAUACUGUAGUGAACAAUGGACCCGCUCAGACACUCAUCUGGAGGCAGCAUGGCACUCGGAUUGCCGAACAGGCCUGUGCCGCUCCCUUGGGAAGCUCAAACAACGUCCUGCUCAUGAUCAUGUACAACAUCUACCUAAAUGGCCGUGGCCUGAUCAGCAAUGAGCUGGCUCUCCAGACAUGCCUCCGCUUGUGGCAGGCCAUCAACGAGGCAAAGUGCACCCUCAACUUUGAGUAUUUGCACUUCUUUCUGGAGAACUUUAUGGUGUCGAAUGGUCGAGUCUGUGUGGUCUGUUAUCAGCGUCUGAGCACCGAGGAGCGCAUAGCCUUUCUGGAUUAUGUGGCGCAUUAUCUGCGCGAGAACAGUCCGAACGGAAAGCUGGCCCCAUUCCUGCUGCAGCACUUUGCCAAGGAGUUUCGACUGAAGUCUGACUGCAUAUUGCGGGAAACGAUGAAGCUGCGCCACGAGCUACAUCCCCGGGAAGUACACACGCUGCUGCGCAUCAUAGCCAGUGUCAGCGGAUCCGAAGAGUAUGCUAACUUCUAUGCGGAAGAUCAGUCACUGUUCAUCAAUGUCAGCAGCUUGCUGCGCUGUGUGGUUGCAGCAGGUAAGGAGGCAGACGGUGGAGGGUUAGACAAGCCAAUGACCAAGCUGGAAGAGGUGGCCCUCACAUCCGGCGUGGAUGCGGAGUACGAAAAGAAGAUUUCCUACGAGCUGAAGACGCUCCUGGUGCGCUGCUCCGCCAAUUUGUUGUACGAGAACAAGGCGAACAAAGGCUACUGCAUUGACACACAGCUGCUGCCCACUCUGCUCGAGUGCACGGUGAUGGAUGCCCGCAAUCCUUUAAUGCGCGAGUGGAGCAUUUUGGCCAUACGCAAUGCCUGCAUCAACUGUCCAGAGGCUCAGCAGAUUGUCGCCGGCCUAACCAUGCAGGGUUCGGCACCCAAUGACCUCCUCAGCGAACUCAAUCUGGACAUGGGCGCCCUGCGCAUCACAGACAAACGCCAAUAGCCGAAUACCAGCCGAAUACCAGCACGCAACACAGAGAAAACAUACACAGACCAGACUAGACAGGCCAUUGGGAAGCGAGGCACGACCACUGGCUGGCCAACAAGUGGUUAGCUGUCUUUCGCACGACGUCAUCCGCCUGGCGUCCGCUCCUCCUUGCGUUGAGCGAUGCGCUAAUGGUAUGCCAAAAGAUCUAACAACAUUCAUAAACUCGUUGUCACCGUUUAAUGGCAUCGCAGGGCGCGUGCGGCGACUCGAGGGGCAACGCGAACGGACAUUCGAGCGAGCAUCCGCGAGCGCUGCUACAGCCAGAGCGGAUAUAAAAAUAGCUGCCCAUGUACCAUGCUCUGUGCACCAUUAAAAAAGAGAUGGCUAAAUUCAUCAAUUUCUAAAUUUA